AUGAUCAAAUUUGUCACUUUUCUUGCUUUUGCCAUCAGCCAAGUCCUAUCUGGCGCUGUAGAGGUCUUGCCCGCAGCUGCUGUUGCACCAGUAGUAGCCCCAGCUGUGGUAACAUCACGCAGCAGCCAAUACUUUACCCAAAACCAUAACGCUUUAGCUGCUCCUUUGGUUGCACCUGUAGCUCCUGUCGUUGAAGCUGUAGCGCCUGUUCCCGCUCGCAUUGAAGCUGUCGCACCUACUGCCGCAAGAGUUCAAGCUCCAUUAGCCCAAUACAUUGCACCAUCGUCAUCUUCAUUCAGUCAAGUAAUUCGCUAUGGCCAAUACGUAGCACCAGCACCAUACUUUGCUGCGCCCUAUUUAUCUGCUCCAUUAGUUCAAGCUCCAUUUGUAGCAGGAGCGGCACCUCUUGUAGCUAAAUCUGUGGUUGCACCCCUGGUAGCAAGAGGCCCAGUAGCUGUACCAGUUGCUCAACCAAUAGCUCCAGCUCAACCAGUGGCUACUCCUCAACAACCUCAUUUAAAUCCGGUUGUUCCAGCACCUAAUCCUGAUGCUGAAUCCGUGGAUAUCGAAUCAGCUAGACUUAGAGCGUUGCCUCAAACGAUAAAUGAGCCAGCCGAACAACAAAGACAGCAACUUCAACAAAGUUUCGCUAGACUGCAACAACAGCUUAGAGCUCAACAAAAUCAGCGAUCUGCUCAAUCCCAACAAACUCAACAAGAAACUCGAGCUUCAGCUAGGAACCAGGCUCAGCCUCAACAACAAUCAGCUGCUCCAGGAUUUUUGAGCCAGGAACAAUUCAUCCAAGGGCCUUAUUAA